GGCUGUUGCAAUGUUGGGUUCAUGUUUCAAUCUACGGAUCACUUGGGAUUCUUCAAGAAGGAUCUGGCUUUGCUCCAUCUGGGAUUCGGCAUUGGGGUUCAGAAGCGGAUUUGUGUUCAAAACAAAAGGGAUUGAAGGGUGCAGAAUACCCGGCUGGUGAGAUGAAGAGAAAGGCGAUUGACAUGAGAGCCAGAGGAGGAAUGAAGUAUGAAAUAAUCUAAACGGCACCGUUUAGCUUGACCAAGCUUGAUUAACUUAAUAAAAUCAUUGGUGUUAA